CAAGGCACUUCCGGUUACUCCGGAAGUGAAGACUUCUAAGCUCCUCCGCCGGCGGAGGGCCAGGUUGAAGGGAUGGCUGGGCGGACGGCGCGGCUGGUGCUGCUAGCUGGAGCAGCCGCGCUAGCAAGCGGCUCCCAGGGCGACCGCGAGCCGGUGUACCGCGACUGCGUGCACCGGUGCGAAGAGCGGAACUGCUCGGGGGGCGCACUGAGGCACUUCCGUUCCCGCCAGCCAAUCUACAUGAGUUUAGCAGGCUGGACCUGUCAGGACGACUGUAAGUAUGAGUGUAUGUGGGUCACUGUUGGCCUCUACCUCAAGGAAGGUCACAAAGUGCCUCAGUUCCAUGGCAAGUGGCCCUUCUCCCGGUUCCUGUUCUUCCAAGAGCCAGCUUCUGCCAUGGCCUCUUUCCUCAACGGUUUGGCCAGCCUGGUGAUGCUGUGCCGCUACUACACCUCCGUGCCAGCCUCCUCCCCCAUGUAUCCCACCUGCGUGGCCUUCGCCUGGGUCUCCCUCAAUGCUUGGUUCUGGUCCACAGUAUUCCACACCAAGGACACCGACCUCACAGAGAAAAUGGAUUACUUCUGUGCCUCCACCGUCAUCCUACACUCCAUCUAUCUGUGCUGUGUCAGGGCUCUGGGCACGGGCCACCCUCCACCUGAGCAGCUCUGGAUGGCGGGGCAGGACGGUGGGGCUGCAGCACCCAGCCGUGGUCAGCGCCUUCCGGGCCCUCCUGCUGCUAAUGCUGACGGCGCAUGUCUCCUACCUGAGCCUCGUCCGUUUCGACUAUGGAUACAACCUGGCGGCCAAUGUGGCUAUUGGCCUGGUGAACGUGGUGUGGUGGCUGGCCUGGUGCCUGCGGAACCAGCAUCGGCUGCCUCACGUCCGCAAGUGCAUGGCGGUGGUCCUGCUGCUACAGGGCCUGUCCCUGCUCGAGCUGCUCGACUUCCCGCCUUUCUUCUGGGUCCUGGAUGCCCACGCCAUCUGGCACAUCAGCACCAUCCCUGUCCAUGUCCUCUUCUUCAGCUUUCUGAAAGAUGACAGCCUGUAUCUGCUGAAGGAAUCGGAGGCCAAGUUCAAGCUGGACUGAAGGCCCUGGGAGUGGGUCUGCCCUGCCGGGGAUCCUGCCCUCUCCCUGCUGGC